AUGGAGUGCUUUGCCGGCCUAGCAGCCGGAGGCUUCGCGGCCAAGGAAGCUUACAUGUACAACCGAGAGAACUUCCUCUAUGAUCGAAGUCUUCGACGAAGGAAAGAGUUUCAGGUGCAGAACUUCCGCGUGGCGCAAGCGGAGCUGUGGCGCAGGGACGUGCGGGAUUUGAUCUCCUUGACGGAAUACAAGAUGCAUGUGUACCUCCUAGUGAAUGUGCUUUUGCUCGGCAUCACCGUGGCGCUCUGGUGUCAGGGUAAGCUGCCCCACUCGACGCCCGUUUGGUUGAUGACGGGGAAUGCGCUUGCGAUGGCUGGGGCCUUCUCCUUCAUCUUGCUGUCCAUUUGGAUGGCCAUGCACGCAGCAGUCUCGGCACAGAGCUUUGAAGCUCGGCUCCUGACGCAGAUGGUGCGCUUGCCGAUCCCGACCUGGAAGGAGGUGGAGGCCUGUCGAACCUACGCCUCGGAGUUCGAACGCCUGGAGACGAAGCAGCUGUUUCGAAUUCCCUUCGUCAUGGGCAAACAAGAAGGCCUGGUCCCUCCAGACCCGGAGCCCGCGAGCGGAGCGAGCGCCUCGCAUGAUGAUGAUGAGAGCCCCAGCACUGCAUCCAGGCGUUUCAUGGAGGAGGCUCAUGUGGACCCGUGGGGCUUGGAGAGCACUGGAGCCAAAUUGCCGGAGCUCGGAUCUCGCAUGGGCCAUGGCAUGCACAAGUACCGCCACGUGAAGCUGGCACGGCAAGCCAUGGCCUUUUGGCAAAGCUAUGAUGCCUUUGCGAGGAUUUGUAUGAGCAUCGGCGUGAACCAGCUCCUCAAUGCCGCUAGCUACUUCAUCCUGGCCUACUACAUGACUGAGGCGAAGGUGCCUUCCUCAGCCACUUAUGGCGUGGUGGUGCUUACAACCAUGGCCGAGACACUCAACCGCCUGGAUAUGUCCUUGACCUGGUGGCAGCUGCGACUGAUGCAACUGUUCCUCUACCUCGGCCCUGCCAUUGCCACAACCUCCUGCUGGGCUUGGGUGGAAGAUGGAUGGGAGCUCGCGGAGGGUCUGGUGGUGUGCGCCUUCCUGGCACAUGCGGCGUAUUUGUUGACGGUGAACACUCUUUGCCACAUGCACCUGGAGCACAAUGGUGCCAUGCUGCCGGUGGUCUACCGCUCGGUGCUCUACUUGGACGUCUUUGGUUGGUCCAGCCAGGCCCGGCACCAGCGGCCGUCCGGCGCCGACACGCCCCGGACCGACAUCUCGACGGCCGCUUUGAGCGUUCGCACGCCCGAGCAGCCCAGCAGUGAUGCUGGCAAGCCGGCCUUGGCGAUGGUGGAUCACCAGAAUGGUCGCCCCCAGCCGAAGCGUCCCGAAGAGCAGAACUCUCACCGGGAUGACUUCCAGCACAAUGCUGGUGCGCCCAGUGUGGGUGAGCAAGCAGACCACCCAUUGACGGGCUUCUCCGAAUUCUAUCGCGCGGACGGAUGGUUGAGUACCACCAAUGAGAUCCCCGAGGACGCGGCCAUCGUGACCGGAUGUGAGCACGAUGCACCGAUCUCCUUGCCCCGGCAGACCUUCUCUUGCGCCAUGAACCUGCUGUGCUUAGCUUGGAUCGUGGCCGCUGUGUGGUUUGCCAUCGUCAUUGAAAAGGCCACUUUCGGGAAACACCAUGCCAUCUUUCACAAGAAGGCCUCCUUCGUUGAGACGGGCGGCUACUUGCCGCGCUUGUCCAGCUUGAUGCAGACCAAUGAGGAGCAUUUGUCCAGCAAGGAGCUGAGCCUGUCGGUUUCUUGGCCACAUGCGAAUGUCUUGCCCCAAUCUUUUGCAUGUGAUGCCAACGGCACAGAGUUCGUGAUCUCUGAUGGCCUGGCGCUCUGGAGGGCUGGCAUGAGCAAUAGCUCCAUGAGCUUUGAAGAGGCACCCUGCCUAGCGGGUGAAAGUCUGCUGGACGCCGCGCUGCAAUGCACCGAGCAGCGCGAGGGGCCAUGCAACGUUUUGGUGCUCCACCGCGCUGGACGGCGUUUGAGCUCCUGCAAUGCCGAAGGCCGAGACAUCUCGGACGCCUGGUUGGAGGAGCUUCGAGAUCCCGGUGCUGCGGAACGCUUCGGGGGCGAGGCGCCACAUGCCCGCGUGGAGAAGGCGAUUACUUUGUCACCACAAAGCAAUUGCAGAGGCGAGAACUGCCUCUUGUUGGGCACCAGCCGUGGGCGGUUGGUGCGCUUAACCGAAAGAGCUGGGAAGCUUGCGCCCUUGCAAGCGCUUCUGGACCGCGACCCUCACGAGUCUGAAGCGUGGGUUCCAGGCUCCAUGCGCUCGCUUGGUCGAGCACAUGUCGGUGUGCUGGCGAACGGAACGCGGCUCCACAUCCAUGAGGCCUCCAGUGGCCGUUGGGCCGGAGAGCUGCUGCUCAGUAGCCCCGCCGAGGGCUUCUGCGCCGGCGGUGGAUAUCUUUACUUCAUGGUGGUGCGAACGGGGCGAGGCUUGCUAAGCAUGGUCGCCCUGGAGGCUGUGUGCAAGCACUUUGGCCGAGAGGUGCACCCCGAAUCGGAGUGGAUCUACGCGCAGAAGGAGCGGGACUUCUUCAUGCACAUGCACCUCUCCAGUGGCUUCUCUGAGCCGCUCCCGCAGGCGGAGCUUCCCGUUCAUGGCGAGAACACUCUGAACUUCCUGACAGCCCCCUCCACCGCGAAUGCGCGCUUCGCGCAUCACCAACAGCUCUUGUGGAAGAAGCUCCGAAUGGCUCAGGCGGAGAAUCCUCGACCAGGCUCCCCAGGUGUUGCCCAAGGAGAGAACCCACUGGCAGCUGCGGAGGAGAUGUCCCCCACGGCGGAGCCUGAAGCCAGGAGAGGACGUUGCGAGGCCUCUCCGGAGGAGACGCUUCGACGGAGACCCCCUAUCCUUUUGAGCGCCAAUUCCAGAGUCUUCCAAAACUGCACCACUGAGGUGUGCUUGAACGAGCGCCGAGCAGUGAAAGAAGCCAAGUCGAAGCAUCCGAUGGGCGCGAUGAUCCGGGAGCCCCUGGUGACCCCGAGAGAUCAAGGACUCAGCAAGAGCUUUGCGAAGCGGGCCUGGCAGAGUGUGGCUACGGCGGUGAAAGCGGCCCGGGCGAUGGAAAGUGCCGGCCGGGAAGGCGCCGCCCGCCGCGCCGCGGGAACCCCGACGCCGAAGCCGCCGAUUCCGCCGCCCCCGACGCGGACGCUGGUGAGCAGUGAGGCAAAGGUGCCAGUGGCGCCGGUCGCGCCCCGUCCCAAGCAGAAAAGUCAGGCCCACCAUCAGCGGCGACGACUGCUUACCAGUCAGCAGAGCCGGUCGGAGAGCCGCGUGGCCGACUCGUUGAGCCUCGAGCUCUGCGUCCCCGGCGACGAGUCCUGGCAGCUCCGCCGGUGA